CCCCAGUCAUUUUGUGAGCCCAUGAUCCAGCAACAUGGCGGCAUGGGCGGCGGCGCGUCGAGCAGCGCCGACUGGAGCACGAACGAGUGGGUGCUUCGAGUGGGCGCCAUCGUGGUGCUCGUGAUGUUGGCGGCCGUGUUCUCGGGCUUGACGUUGGGACUCAUGUCGCUGGACAAAGUGGGACUGGAGAUCGUCGUGGCCACGGGCGAAGAGCCCAAAGCCACCGCGGAAGAACGCAGCAAUGCUACGUACGCCAAGAAGAUCCAGCCAAUCCGCCAAGAUGGCCACCUCUUGCUCACGACGUUGCUCUUUGGCAACGUUGCGGUGAAUUCGAUCAUGGCCAUCCUCAUGGCAGACAUGACGUCUGGUGUGGUCGGAUUCGUAGCGACCACGGUGGUGCUGGUCAUUUUUGGUGAACUCGUGCCCCAAGCAUUGUGUUCCAAGCAUCCUUUAGCCAUUGGAGCCGCGGCCUUGCCUGUGAUUUAUACGCUGAUUGCAAUCAUGUACGUGUUUGCCAAGCCCAUUGCUUUGCUGCUGGACUGGCUCGUGGGCAAGGACAUGGGCACGAUCUUUUCCAAGAGCGAGCUAGAAAAGAUGCUGGACAUCCACGUCAAGCAACAAAAGUUGGACGCUGACGAGCUCGGAAUCAUGAAAGGAGCCAUGCAUUACAAGCAGACGCCCGUGUCGACCAUCCUCACGCCCAUCGCCGACGUGUUCACAUUACCUGGCUCGACCAUUCUCAACCAAAACACCAUCGAACACAUCUACACCAUGGGGUUCACCCGCGUGCCAGUAUGGGGCCGUGACCUCAACGACAUUUUGGGGCUCGUGUUUGUCAAAGACUUGAUCUUUGUCGACCCCGAGGACAACGGCACGCUGCUCGACUUUUUACACUUGUUUGGACGGAGCGUCCAUCGUGUGUGGCCAGACUCGUCCCUGGGCGACGUCUUGCAAGCCUUCCAACUCGGCCGCACGCAUUUGGCCAUAGUGCACGACGUCAACAACUGGUCCGAGGUCGACCCGUAUUACGAAACCCAAGGCGUGGUCACAUUGGAAGACAUUGUGGAAGCCAUUUUACAAGCUGACAUUUUGGACGAAGGCGACCUCGUGAGCGAUUCCGAGAUGGCAGGUCGCAACAAGCUGCUGCACCACCCUAGCUUUGACACGGGUGUGCGGCACAUCAUGGACAACAAUAUGGAGUGGAAGUCCAUUGGCGAGCCAGAGGCCAUGAAGUUGGCCAAGCAUUUGGUGGCAACGCAACCUGUAUUUCAAGUGCCGAAUUCGACCGGCGUUCGUUUGACGUGGAUGAAUGUCGCUGCUUUGCUCAUGCGAAGCCCCAUUGUGGAGUUCCUCCCCGACCAAGAGUACCCCCCCUUGUACGAAAAGCAUGUCGUGGCACCUCCCCACUGCAUGAUUGUCGUGCAGGGGUCGGUUUCGGUUGUGGCUCACAACGACGACAAACCAAUUGUGGCGGGGCUGUGGACGGUACUGGGCGUGCAGGGUUUGCUUGGCGUGGAAGGCACAGUAGGCUUGAGCGACGUGACUGCGACUGUCCCGACCUCCAACUAUACGCGAUGCCUGCGGAUAUCGCGCCUCGAGUUCCAGCGCAUGCUGCGGCCGAUGCAAUUGGCCAAGACGGCGUCGGAGCUGUCCAUCAAGCGUCGCCAGAGCAGCCACAAAGUCAACACGAGCGGUGGCCGGGUCCCAAGACAGCGUCGAAAUACAAACACAGUAGAUGCGGUCGAAAUUGUCCAGUAUGUGUAGCGCCAAACUGACACAAAUAGUAUAACAGUUAUACUGUCUUGGUG